GACAGCACUCUCUGAGCAACAGCAGGGACAUCAGUGCCAUGGACACCCUCCCCCUCAAUGGCAAUUUCAACAACAGCUACUCCCUGCGAGAAGACGACUAUGAGGCCGUGGCUGUUCGGGCUGCAGGUGACCUGGGGGCCCUCAACCUGGACGAUGUCGCCUUUGAGAAGAUGAUCAUUUCUGAGAUUGUUCAUAACAACCUCAGGCCCCGCGGGGCCCCCAAAGGUCGCGACGCCCCGAGGGACAGAGCCUUGCCUCCCCAGACCAGAGUGACAGUGGACCGAGGUGGGGGUGGGAGCGGCAGCGAGGAUGACGCCAUCGUGGCGGACCAUGCCGAGGCUUCAUCCCCGCAGAGAGGAAGUGGAAGAGGAGGCCACGCCACCCUGGAGCUGCUCCUGCACCCCCACCACAAGGAGGCACUGGAGGCCCCCCUCCUGCCUCAGAGGACUCACUCCCUGCUCUACAGCAAUCAGAAGGCCCCCAGGCGCCUGGAGGGGCAAGGUGGCCAUGGCUCCGAGACUGUUACCGCAGUGGAGGACACGGGAUCCCAUUCACCCAACAACAAUAGAGACUCGCUUUACACCAGCAUGCCAAACCUGAGAGACUCACCCUCGCCCUCCGCUUCGCCAUACCCCCCAGAGGAAGAGGAGGAGGACGAUGAGCUCUCCCCCUCUCCUCGAAGCGAGAGCGAGGACGCGUAUCAUAAAAGCAUGCCCGAGCUCGGCGACGCACCGCAGCCCCUGUCCUACUACCACAUAAACCGAGGCAUCAGCGACGGGUGCAUCAUCUCGCCCAACAACGAAGAAUGUGCGCAGGAGGGAGAGGCAACCACCGACGGACAAAUGCAGCUCAUUACCAGCCUCUAAGCAGGCCGUCUUUGUUUGCACAGGUUUCAACAGAUGGGUACUUUUGGUUGAUGUCAAGAGAGCCGGCGAGUCUGGCUCCGCACUCCGCACGCUCUUCCUGUUACAACAGGAAGUGAAAUGUUGUUGGGUGGGAAGAGGAAUGAAUAAAUGACUUUUGCACACAGAUCUCAUUAACACACGAAACACGUCCAUGCGAUUCCAGACAAAUGUGGUCUGUGAAAACUCUGCUGUUGGACUAAAGAGGUGCAGAGAAUAACACACAGGCCGCUGUCACACAGAUAAGUCUGUCUCAUUUCUGUUGUACUGAAAGAAGAGUUGAAGAACAAGGGAUAAAAAAAAAAAAAAUGUAAAAAAACUCAGAGCAAAGAACUAUGAAACUCCUGACAUAUUCCUGGGGGACUUUGCUGAACCAGGGUCUUUUUAGUCAUAAAAUACAGAACUAGAACUAGUGUGGCUCCAAUACACAGUCAGGACUGUAAAGUUAAGAAACCACUAAUUCAGACUCAGGCCUUAUAUUUUCUCUAUUGCACAUUUAACUGUUGUCAAAGUAACAGCUAAAGAAAAUAUAUUUUGCUGUACCACUAGUGUAAAAAGUUAAAAGGAAAAAAGAAAAAAAAAGAAACAACAACCAUUCAGUAGUUAUACCCUUUCAAUGUUAAUACAAUUCUUCAGACAAGGUUAAUUAAAAUGGUGGAAAUGUGCUUUUUCCUCUCACACUUGACUCGUUGUAUGUUUGCAUUUAAAAAAAAAAAAAAGUUUUGAGAGAUAUCAGUCCAUAUAAAAUCAUGCUCACGUCUCUGCUUGUGAAGUGCUUUUGCUUUCAUGAAUGAUGAGUUUUUUGCCAGUAGUAUAUUUGUUAACACCGGGGCCAUGCACAGAUUUGGAGUGAAUUGGAUUCUUGUGUAAUUUAUUUUACUUGAAAUUGUCAGGUUUUAAGGACUUAUGUUCGUGUCGAUGCGAUAUUGCAGUGUUUGCAGACAUAUUUCAUCCCUUGACACUAAUUAAUUUAUUAACUGAAGUAUUCAGAGAGAAAAAAAUGGGGGGGGGCGAAUGUGGUAGGAAAGUGUGAAAAGUUGUUGCAGCACUGAUUAGGUUCAUUUUAUUUCUUUUGUAAGAGCCCAUCAUCAGCUGAUAUUUAAAUCAACUCCUGUUUGAUAUCAAAUAAAUGUGAAAUUUUUUCUUGUUCG